UUAUUUUAUGUAUAUAAACUUUUGGGAUGAGAAAUGACUGCGAAUUUUUUAGAGACUUUGUCCUAUCUCCUUCCCCUUCUUCUUCCUCUUUCCUUUCCCUUCCCUUCCCUGCACUCGAUCUCCCCAUUUUCUUCUCGUUUGUUUUUAAUUUCUAUAGGAAAAAAAAAAAAAAAGAAAACCCCUUUCUCUCCUUAUUAGGAUUCAAAUCUUUUAUUUCUUCAAGUCCGGGAGAGGCCUUGCCUUUCCCUUUCUUUCCCUCUUAUUUAUAAUUUACCCCCUCGCUUGUCUUAAAAUAAACCAUAAACAGUUUUUAAUCUAAACCCAUAAUUUAUAUAUAUUUUGUUUUUUAAAAAAUUUAUUUUAAUCCUUUGUUUUUCUUUGUUUUCUGUUGCCCUUUGAUGGUGGCAUGGCUGGUCUUGAUUUAGGCACCACUUCUCGCUACGGUCAUCAGCUUCACAGGCCGGACCUUCACCUUCAACAGCGUCCUGAACCUGAAGACCACGACGUUUCAAACAACCGUGUUGGUGGCGGAGGAGGUGGUGCUCACUAUGGCUCAGCUGACCAUCACCAAGACGAUGGCUCUCACCAAGCGUUGGAGUUAGUCAACGCAGCUAACUCGGGUGACCUUCUAGGCCGUAGGCCGAGAGGUCGUCCUCCAGGUUCCAAGAACAAACCAAAGCCUCCAGUCAUCAUCACAAGGGAGAGCGCAAACACGCUCCGAGCUCACAUUCUUGAAGUUGGGAACGGCUGUGAUGUGUUUGACUGUAUUGCAAACUACGCUCGGAGAAGGCAAAGAGGAAUCUGUAUACUGAGUGGGAGUGGUACGGUGACCAACGUGAGCAUUAGGCAACCAGCUGCUACUGGAGCUAUAGUUACCCUUCAUGGCAGAUUUGAAAUAUUAUCACUUUCAGGUUCAUUUUUGCCACCACCCGCUCCUCCAGGUGCCACCAGUUUGACAAUCUAUUUGGCUGGCGGGCAAGGCCAGGUUGUAGGAGGAAGUGUCGUUGGGGAACUGAUGGCGGCAGGACCUGUUAUUGUCAUAGCUGCAUCGUUUACAAAUGUGGCUUAUGAGAGGCUGCCCUUGGAGGAGGAUGACCAGCUGCAGAUGCAAAGUGGCGGCGGCGGCGGAAAUGGUGGAGGUGGUGGAAACAACAUGUUUGCUGAUGCGGGAGCUGGCACAGGAGGGUUGCCUUUCUUCAAUUUGCCACUCAAUAUGCCGCCUAAUGUCCAGUUACCCGUUGAAGGAUGGCCAGGAAACUCAGGUGGCAGGCCUCCUUUUUGAGAGAUUUGGGUGGGAAUGCGAACUUUCGAUGGAAAAUUCAAUACUUGUUGAGAAGCAGUUUGCAUUAGUGGAAAAGGGAUUCUUAGAUCAUUAAGGUUAGCAAAUUCAUGGACUAGUUAUCGUUAUUAUCACCAUGAUCAUGCUUCUUCUUCUUCUUCUUCCACUUCCUGUGAUGUUGAUGUUAAUUUUAGUUUCUUUUUCUCCUUUAAUCUUUGUUUUAGUUCUUUCUUUUUUUUUCAUCUUUUCUUCUUCUUUCUUCUCGGAUAUUUGGAAUCUAUGAUUUCUAGAAAGAGUCCUUGUCCAUGGCGGAUCGACUUUCUUCUUCUCUAUAAGAAAUGGUUUGAUGAUGCAUUAACUUUUGUUGGAUAAUAUCAGUCACUGACUUUCAGGUUUACUAACAGAUCAACUAGGGUUUAUUUUCUUUCUCCUAAUUUUCUUUUCUUCAAAUUUCACAUUUUAAAUUUGCAUCAUAUCAUUCUUUCAUUCUCCUGUUAGACCAACAGAUAUAAUUCUUGUCCCUCGUUGUUUACAACAGUUUCUUUCAUGGAGUUAACAAAGUACUUAAAAAGGCUUUCCAAAGUAAAUCUUGUAGGAUUUGGUAACGUAGGAUUGUGUUUUCUUUGCAUUGUUUUCAGCAGAGAAUAAAUAUAACAGUAUAAAAUAUAAUUAAGAGCCAAGGGUUUCAUCACUUGGGGAUUCUUCUUGUUCGAAUGGUGCCUUACCCAACACGAGAUUUGCAUUGAUGUUCAAGAUGACAUUUCUUGAUAUAUAUCUAGCUCUGUUGGGAAUAAUUAAGCUGCUUCUAUUUUUCUAUUACAUGACAUUCCUCUCUUCUAAAUCUUUUGAACUAAACCAUAACAUAAUUAAAACCCAAGCACCUUCUCUGUAAUAAAUUAUUUCUGAAAUCAGUUUUGCAUCAGAAACUAGCUUCCAUUUAUUCUUCAAAUAAGCUCUCAAAUCUCCCAUGAACAAGAUUGAAAUAGAAGCAUUUCUGAUGGAGUCUUGUUAUCUGUGGUGAAUAUCUAUGAAGGGUGAUUCAAUAUCUAUCUAGUUGAGCAAAGAGUCAAUAUCCAUAUAUGCAUUCAGCUUGCAACAACACUGUUUUGUGGCUAUCUACUCAGAUUCAAGUACUGCUUCUGAUAAUCUUAGACACCCAUUUGGGGUUGGGAGUCAGUACUAUAAGAAUAGAAAUGAAUGCUGUCCUUAAUCUUAA